CACGCUGCCUCAAUGAAGAUAAUCAUGUUUCUCAGAGGUACUCUGCUGGGAAUUAUUCUUUACAGCAUCCUCUGGACAGAAACUACUCUGGCUGGCUCUAGUUUUUUAAGCCCUGAAUAUAAAAAAAUACAGCAACAAAGGGAUCAAAAAAACCCCACAGCACAAUUACAUCGUCGAGGCACAGAAGGCUUUUGGGGUACAGAUGAAGCAGGGGCAGAAGAUGACAGUAACAGUAUUGAAAUUAAGUUUAAUGUACCCUUUGAAAUCAGUGUCAAGAUAACAGAAGAAGAGUAUGAAGAAUAUGGACAAGCACUGGAGAAGAUGUUGGGGGACAUCCUUGAAGAGAAUACUAAAGAAACUCGGACGAAAAACUGA